GCACCACCAGGUACUCCGACCCCUUCCCUUUCCUUCAGGCUGUUCGAAGCUGAGCACCGAAAAACUAACAUAAAGCUAUUUAGCGGCGUCUCUCUUGUGCGGGGCGACAGCGGCGGAACCCGCGCCGCCGCCGCCGCAAGAGUUCGCUCGUCUCGCACCUCCCAACCUUGCCGUCGCCUGAGCACGCGGCCGGAGGCCCGCGCCGGUGCGAGGAUGUCGGUAGCGAGGCCUCUCUGUUUUACUCACGCGUUCUCUGCCCAAACGGCGGCGCCGACCUCAAUCUGGUGUGCUAUGGCCCGAUAUGUGGCGACGGCGUGGUGUCGUGUGGGUGGGAAUCCACUUCGAGCUGGUGAGGUGGUACACGGGCAACAACAGCGGUGGCAUCUCGACGCACGCGUGUGGCGCGGCAGCGGUGCUGUGGUGCACUCCUAACUUCGAAGGAGUGAAGAGUUUUGUUCGCCGUGCAGUUUAAGAUGUCAGAAGCACUUCAGAAAGAUAAGGAAAUUGGUGAAGAGGAAGAGGAAGAGGAGUAUGUAUUGUUAGAGUUGGACAAUUGUCUUUAUUCAGACAUAUCGCCUGGUGCUCAGUUCGUACUCUCUGGUUUGGAUACAUUGACGCCUACCUUGAUAGUAGGUGACAAUCUGAAGAUGGUCGGGGAAUAUGAUGAAACUAUUGGCACCUGCUAUCUAUUUUCUGAAAGUGAAACUGAACCAAAACCUGCAAGUGAUGAGCUGGCACCUUCUAAAGAAAACACAGAAACACCGCUUAACAGCAGUAAGGAAGCGCCCUUGAAGGAGGUGAACCAUCUGGCCAGCGUUCAAAAGAUCCUCAAAUUUAAGCCAAUCAAUGUGGAGCACUCGCAGCAUCGAGCAUAUCAGCACAAGGACAAGGAACUUUAGAGGAAAAAAAAUACCUGCUGUUUUCUUCAGUCAAUGCAUUCAGUGUACAGUUUUAGGUUCAUUGAAAUGAGGUGGGCUGUAUACUUGUUGAAUGUUGAGUUCAUCUAUAUAUAUGAGCUACUAUAUCGAUCUGCUUGUC